UGAGCCCUGCAGCCAUUCUCAAGUAUGUCUUCACUCUUGACUUCAGAGAUACUUCAACAUCGUGAAGCAAAAGAUCGUGUGCCAUUUCAUACGUGCACAGUUUCGGUUUGAACACAGUGCUGUGAACACAGCCAACAGCUCCACGGAAUCCGACGUAGUUGUUUGACAAUAGACUAUAUUACAUUUGCAAAAUGUCGAGAAGGCUUACGAAAAGGUACUUGACCCCGGCGGAUGCUUACAAAUGCCCACUGUCAGCAGAAACACAAGCGAUAGCCGAAAAGGAGCUGAGAGAAACGGAAAAUUCAAGGUCUCAAGCCUUAGAGGCUUUAAGGAUGUGGUUGGAACAGAAUCCAAAAUUCUUAUCCAUACGAUUAGACGCCAAUUUCCUUCUACGUUUUCUCCGUACAAAGAAAUUCAGCGUUCCGAUGGCUCAAGAGGCUAUCGAACGUUACGUACUCCUUAGACAGUCAUGGGGGAUAGCUUUUAAUCAAUUGGACCACACCUUGCCUGUCAUUUCUGAGAUCAUCGAGUUAGGAUAUAUUUUUGCAAGCCCUUUCAAAGACAAACUUGGACGACGAGUUGUGAUAUACAGACCGGGCGUUUUCGAUCCAUACAAAUUCACCAACCAAGACAUGUGUCGGGUAAUGGGUAUUUGCUAUGAGACACUCAUGGAAGACGAGGAGACCCAGGUGCGAGGUUUGGUGCAUUACGCAGACGGCGGAGGUGUCAGUUUUCCACACCUUACACUAUUCACUCCAAGAGAAGCUGUGAGGAUAGUAAAAAAUGGGGAGCGCACGAUUCCACUAAGGCACAAGGAAAUCUAUGGUGCUAAUGUUCAUCCGACGAUCAAAUUUGCUUUAGACUUUGGGAUGGCGCUCAUAUCUGAGAAGAUCAGAAAGCGCGUCAAGUUAUACACGUCCAUAGAGGAUGUAGAAAUAGAUAAACAACUUUUGCCUCAGGAGUAUGGUGGUACAAUGCCAAUGAAAAUAAUGAUUGAAAAAUGGAAAGUGGAAAUGGCAAGUAAGAGGGAAACGUUAUUGAUGAACGACAAGAUGGCUGUCCGUCUAGAAAUGUAUAGCGAGGCGGCGCGAGAGGGCGCUGUGUCCGCAUUGAGAGCUGGUGGCACUUGUGCUGGUGCAGAUUCUGUUGGAGACGCGAUGAGAGGACUCACCGGAAACUUCAGGAAACUUGAAGUCGAUUAAUUUUAUUGUCCGAACUUAUUAGUUCCACGGCUUGUCUACGACUGUUUUAAUUACUUUUCAGAACCGUUGUUCGAAAAGCACUUAUUGUUUGUGAACAGUAACGGAUUAAUUACGUUUAUUUUUUGUUCGUUAUUCAAACUUAUAUACAACCUAGAGACUCAAUUUCAAGUUCCAGGAUAUUGGCUUAGUGCGGUAACAAAAUAAUUCCUAAUUAUAUUAUAAUGAUAUUACUUUUCAAGUUUAUUUAACGGACUAGGUGUGCUGAAUUCAUGGACUUACUUAUAAAGGACCUUACAUUACUAUACAAAUACAACUAGGACCCUAGAUAGUGAGAUUAUAUUCGGAAUAACGACAAUACACUAAUAAAACGCGGGCUCGAGCUUGCUUUAGUUAAAAAAAAAUACUUACAACCAUUUAAGUGUCUUAGGUUAAGAUGAGAAUAAAAUGGCUGGGAUACAUUUUGCAUAUUCUAUUAGGAGCGUUUUUAAGACUUAAUAUAAGAUUCUUGUGAUAUAUUAUUACAUUAGCUUAAGACGAUUCGUAAUUUUUUUUUAUAAUACGAAGUUUUUUUUUUAAAUAAAACACCAUUAUAUAUAUAUUUUUUUAUAUUAUUUAAUAAAAAUCUUGACUACCUAACAGAUGAGUUCAUACACAUGCUGGCGUCACACUUAACAUAUAGCGAUAGUUAGUUAAUACUGUAUAACAAACAUGUUUAUAGUUUCCUUGCAAGAGGCGGAAGAACAAUCCCUACAUUACAAUGUCAAUGAUUUAAACAUU